AUGCGACGCCCCAGCAGCGCAUUGAUGGUGUCAACGAAGCAUGACAUCCUGCGGGAGGAUGCUUGGGGUACUUUGUUUGGCCUGCAGGCACGGCCGAAGCUUCGACCACUGAGCGAGAUGUCAUCGUUCUUGGAGAGACCGCGAAGAUGCCGCGGGUCCUUCAUUUUCGUAGGUGACGAGUCUGACGACCCCACAGAGACGGUAGAUGAAUCAGACGCUGCAGCACGUGAGAAAGAAGAGGACGCAGAGUUUUCUUUGGAUCCCUUCCCCAAGACGUGUCGGAUGGAGCUUAAGCCAGGUGAGGCAAGGGCAUGCGAAGCAGCCCAGGUAGAGGGUUGCAUGGACAACUGUCGUGCCCAGUAUUUGCUACCUCGUCCCUUUGUCUUGAAGCCCUUACCAGAGGAAGAUCGGAAGGUGUGCUACAAUGCAUGCAUUGACCAUUGCGUUCUGGGUCGAACGCAGGCAGGUCAAUUGGAACUGCGGUUUCGGUAUGAGGGGAGCUACUACUAA